ACUCGUUCAGUCUUGAGUAUGAAAACAAUAAACAACCCGUUGGCCAGAGGAACCACAGAGGACCUGUCGCAUAUUUCAGUGACAUAUAUUAUUAAAAGCAUCACCGGAGUGACCCGUUUCGACACAAACAAUCUCUUUUAAACGCUGCUGUGGACAACCUUACGUCCAGAAACGAAGAACUAGGGGAUUUUGGUGUCAAAGGACAGGAAGUUAGACGGUUUUACCCCCCUCUUGUCCACCCUAGUACGCUUGUAUUAUUGUAUUCUCAUUUUCCCACACACUACCGAGGGGGGUUAAGUCUGUUAUGCAGGACUGGUCUUGUGUUCCGCCGCCUCUCAGCUCCCUCUCCCCGUCUGCUCUGGCCCCAUGUCUCGGUGGCUCUUCCCCUGGUCGGGCUCAAUAAAGAAGCGGGCCUGUCGGUACCUACUGCAGCACUACCUGGGCCACUUCUUGGAGGAGAGACUCAGUUUGGACCAGCUGAGCUUGGAUCUAUACAAUGGCAGUGGGGUCAUCCGAGAAAUUAAUCUGGAUGUUUGGGCUGUGAAUGAGUUGUUGGAUUCUCUGGGAGCUCCUCUGGAGAUUGUUGAAGGUUUUGUGAACAGCAUCGCAGUGACUAUUCCCUGGGCGGCGCUCGUGACAGAACACUGCACUCUUGAAAUCACUGGACUGCAAAUAACAUGCCGACCCAAAUACAGAACCAACGGAAGCUGGGAUUCCCAAGGGUGGUCAUCCUGUAUGACAUCCAGCAUGCAGCUGGCCCAGGAGUGCCUGAAGGACCCACCCGAGGCGUCAGAAGAGCCACCUGCUCCCCUGGAGGGGCUGGAAAUGUUUGCACAGACCAUUGAGACAGUUCUGCGUCGAAUAAAAGUCACCUUCCUGGACACCAUAGUGCGAGUAGAACACCAUUCCCUGGACCAUGAGACUGGGGUUGCCUUAGAGAUGCGCAUUAAACGGGUGGAUUAUUGCGAUGAGGCUGUGAGAGACUCAAGCCAGACAGUGCCUGUAGACAUCCACCAGCCACCAGCCUUCCUGCACAAGAUCCUCCAGCUCAACUCUGUAAAGCUGCUCUACGAGACCCUGGGAGGAUCUCAGGGAGUGAUUCAUCCCGAUGACAUGACGAGCAGCAGGGAGACGAAUAAAUCAGAUGAAGAUGAAGAAGUUGAUGAUGCCCCUAAAUCGUUGCAUCCCACCCAGAAGACCCCUGAGCCUCUGCUGAUUGGACAGUGCUCUGGAUUCAUAGAGACAACAGUUAAAGUUAAACAGAAUGAGAUGCUGCCUGGGCCCAAGUUUGAGUUGGAUGGGAAAGUCGGGUGUCUCCACCUGCUGCUGUCACCCAGUCAGAUCACGCACCUCACGGACCUCCUGUCUUCCCUCUGUAUUGAGACAUCAGAAGGCAGUGCUGGUGGAGUUGUGUCUGGUGGAGGGGUUUCCAGGCCCCUUGGUACUGAUGACCUCCGAUUGAUUGAAGAGGAUCUUAGUAAGCAGCUGAACUCAGAACUGUAUGACAGAGACCUGGAGCUGGAUGCAGAGCCCUAUGUACAAACCCUGGAGAACGGAGAGAUGUUUUACUCUAUGGGUCCCGGAUGUAUGACCAGCAGUGUGUUGUCGACACGGUCCGGGAGUGAAUUAUCUGACAGCGAUAUGGAGUCGUCCAUUCAUAGCCAGAGCAGCCUGGCUCAAACAAACCCUCUGUCUCCACAGGGAAUGCUAAACUGUCCUCGACGUUAUCCUGUACCAGGAUCCUUUUCUAGUUUGCCUCAAUGUAGCAGACCUUCAAAGCGGUCGUCUCGAGGCAGCCAAUCAGAGCCGAUGAAGCCAGACUCGUUUAUCCGCCUUUCUCUGGGCGGAGUUACACUGACUCUCUUAGAAGAAGACCCGCCUCCCGGGCCUGACGGGCUCUCCUCAUUGGCUGAGGUGUCACAGCUGUUUUUCAGUGAGCUUGCGUUCUUUAAGGACAGCAUGUUCAGCGAGAGAGACUUCCAGAACCUGAGAGGAAGCUUUGCUAAAGCGUGUCCCCACUCCCACAUCAGGGUGACUGGUGCAGCAGUGCAGCUGGCCUGUGAGAUGCGUAGCGCAGGGCGGCACAGUCGAGCCACUACCACUGACCUCUCCUUCAGCAGGCUGGAACUGCUGGAGUGCCUGUGGGACGCAGGCGGACCGCAGUACACAGAGCUUUUGCAGUUCCAGUCAGCAGGUGUUUUCACAAUGGGCACCACUGCCAGACCCUGUGCCCAGUUCCACCACAGUCUGUCCGAGAAGCACAUGCGUAAGAGUGGCAGCAGACGGCGGGUGGUGCGCAGAGACAGCUCACUGCGGGUCGAGCUCGGCGAGCUCAGCUCUGAAUUGGACCUGGACAUUUUAGGCCGACUAGAGGACAUCCUGCAAGCCCUGAGCCACUGUCCAUCAUCACCUCAGAGAAACAAGGCACACAAUGCAGAGUCUCAUUUGUUAGAGUUCCAGUCUUCCCUCCUGCUUCAAUCUCCUUUUGCCGUGCUGAAGGUUCGUUUUCCCAUCCCUGACCUUCGACCCCCAGGGCUGAGGCGGCCCCAGAGCCAGCGUGCAGUGCGCAAUGAAACCCUGAGCCUGCAAAUCUCCAAUCUGGAGCUAAAGUCUCAGCAGGGGCCUGACGUUCAGCAGGACGGCCCCCGCAGUCCGGGGGCCAAACUCACCAAAUUACUGGAGGCCUGUUUCAGUGACCUGCACGGAGUGUAUGAGGGCUGGGAUGGAGAGGCAUUUCCCUGUAUCCGUGUACAGAAGAGCACAGAUCCGCAGAAUCCUGAUGGCAUACCCAGGAUUCAGGUGCAGGUGAAUGAAGGAGCCGGCUCUGACAGCAUGGGUGUGUGUGAAGGACUGAACAGGGAUCUGGGCUCCAUGUCUCUGGAAAACCCCUGUGAACUGAGAGAAAAGAACAGCUCACCCUUCUCCUCUAACCGCACCAUGUUUGAGACAGAAGAGAUGGUGAUCCCAGCAGACCCAGAGGAGAUGGAGGAGUUUCAGUCUCAGUGUAUAUGUCAGUGUCAGUAUGUGGUUGAUAUCACGUUCCCUGUAGCCUACAUCCUUCUGCCCAGUAAAGAGGCUUUCCUAAGCAUCUAUAACAGGAUUAAUAAUGAUCUGUUGAUGUGGGAGCCUCCUCCACCUCCUCCGUCUCCUCCUCCUGCUCCUCCAUCUUCUUUUCAAAGUUCUCGUAGUCCCUCUCACCAUCACAGACACGAAGAGGAUGAGUUUUACCUCUGUAAAUCUGCCUUCAGGCUGGGAAUUUCAGAAUCUGACUCUGAGGAGGAGGAGUCUCAGUUCUAUUCAGCCAGCCAAUCAAAACGAAGGAAACAGUUAGAGCCUCAGUCAAGCCACGCCCUCAGUCUGCUCUGUUUGACUGUGCUGAUUGGCAAAGGUCGCCUUCAAGCCAUGACAGACAGCAAGAAUGAAGCUGGACGGAAAGUGGAGCUCUGUCAUGGAGAGCUCAUAUUGGACUUGGAAGGAGGGAAGAUUUUUAGUGUGACACAACACCAGAACAAUCCCAAUCUCAACUUUCUGACUAUAGAAAGCAAACGAGUGGAGCUGUACCAUAAAGCGGAGGUGCCAGACUCCCCUAUUCCUGUGAAACUAGAAAUGCCCAGGUUCACUUCUCCAGCUCAUCUGGACCCUACCAUUUACCCCACGGAGGUGGGUGUGAGCAGCGUCGGUGGCAGAGAAACCGACGUUCAGAUGCUGUCGACUGCCAUCAAAGUCACGUUAGAUCUUGAGAGGAAUGUCAAGGAGUUUCUGGUUGCCCUGCGACUCCAUGGUGCUACUUUGCGACAUCACAUGGCGUUGACCAAUCAUAGCUGGCAUGAGCAGAUUGUUGAUUUCCUUGAUGUCAUCGAUGACGACAUUUUAGGCUACACCCCGCCUGCCGUCAUCACCGUUCUCCACACUCACCUGGCCACCUGUGCAGUGGACUACAGGCCUCUUUAUCUUCCUCUGCGAGUUCUGUUUACGGCCGAGUCCUUUUCUUUAUCCAGCAACAUCAUUGUAGACACCGCAACCUUUCACCUCAGGUUUAUCUUAGAUGACUCUGCUUUAUACCUGUCUGAUAAAUGUGAAAGUGACACAGUGGAUUUGAGGCGAGACUAUGUGUGCGUGUUAGACAUUGAUUUACUGGAACUGGCCAUAACGACUUGGAAAGGAUGUGACUCGAGUAAAUUGACUCAGCCACUGUUUGAGCUGCGGUGUUCUAAUAAUGUGGUUCACGUACACACCUGUGCGGACUCGUGCGCUGCUCUGGUUAACAUGCUGCAGUACCUGGUUUCACAAGGUGAUCUACACCCUCCUCCUCGCCACACGUCCCCCACAGAAAUUGCCGGUCAGAAACUUCCGCUGUCAGAAAGUCCCGCCUCCCUUCCGUCCUGCCCACCAGCCGAGACUGCAGAGAUUAACCAAUACGACCUCACAGAUGCUUUGAUUGACACCGAGAGAAUUCUACAAGAAGACACCCAAGAUUCUGGUUCUCCGUCCAUCCGUCGAGCGUCACCUGUCUCAGUCUAUCUGUUCCCGGAUGAAGCCCCCAAGCUCCGCCCCUCUGUUCUAGAAGGGGAGGAGUCUGAUAUUGAUGGACUGGUGAGCACCGCUAUGGAGGCUCAUGCGGAUAUGAUGUCAGACGAAGGCUCGGAAUGUUCCACCGACAACGAUGACUUCUGCAUCCUAGAGGCUCCUGGGAUGGGCAUACCGCCUAGAGACGGUGAGCCUGUAGUGACUGUUCUCUCCCAGGGCCCUAUCAAGGUGCGGGAUGGAUAUUACUCCUGGCCGCGGGGCAGUUCAGAUCUGCUGCGUGCCCCAACCCGCUUUCCAGUGCCUCAGAACAGAGUGGUGCUCCGUGAAGUGUCUGUCGUCUGGCAUCUGUAUGGUGGCAAAGACUUUGGUGGCAAACCCAGCUCAGCCCACACACCACACAGCCAUAAAGUUCGUACUGCUGCCCCCGGAGCUCGUGGUUCUCCAUCCCGUUCAGCAGGUCCCUCGCGGCCCCAGAACUCCUGGCGGUGGGUUGGAGGAAGUGGCCGUCAACACACACUGCUCAUGGAGAUACAACUGACAAAGGUCAGUUUCCAGCAUGAGAUGUACCCGGUGGUCACGCCUUCUGCUGCAGGUCCGGAUACAGAAUCGCCAGGUCUCGGAGAGCAGCCUAUCUCCCGCCAGGUGUUUAUCGUUCAGGAGCUGGAGGUGCGAGACCGUCUGGCUUCCUCUCAGAUCAACAAGUUCCUGUACCUUUACACCAGUGAGAGCAUGCCACGUAGAGCCCACUCCAACAUGUUGACGGUGAAAGCGCUGCAGGUGAUGCCUGAAUCAGGUCUGGGUGGACCAGAAUGCUGUCUGAGAAUCAGCCUGUUACCACUGCGACUCAACAUUGACCAGGAUGCCCUUUUCUUCUUGAAGGACUUUUUCAGUAACAUGGCUGCAGGAGUUACUCCAUACCUGCCUGUAGACCCUGCAGCUGAGGUGAGGACUGACGCUUCUCAGAAGGCUCCAGACGACACAGAUCCUGCCUCUGCAUUGGGUCAUGAUCUCGCUGCUUCUGUAGAAACAACUUACAGUGAGCAGAGCUCAUCCUCCGCCGGCUCCUCGUCCUCCUCCGACCAACCCAUCUAUUUCAGAGAGUUUCGUUUUACCUCUGAAGUGCCAAUCUGGCUGGACUAUCACGGAAAGCGUGUGGUUAUCGAGCAGGCAACGUUUGCAGGCAUUCUGAUUGGUCUGGCUCAGCUUAAUUGCUCCGAACUGAAGCUGAAGAGAUUGUGCUGUAGACACGGUCUUUUGGGUGUUGAUAAGGUGAUUCAAUACGCUGUGAACGAGUGGCUUACAGACAUCAGGAAGAACCAGCUGCCGGGGAUUCUGGGAGGUGUCGGCCCCAUGCAUUCAGUUGUACAGCUUUUCCAUGGUGUGCGUGAUCUGUUCUGGAUGCCUAUUGAGCAGUACCGGAAGGAUGGACGCAUUAUCCGAGGCCUCCAGAGGGGGGCAGCAUCGUUUGGCACCUCCACAGCCUCUGCUGCUCUGGAGCUCAGCAACAGACUGGUGCAAGCCAUUCAGGCCACUGCAGAAACCGUGUAUGACAUCUUAUCUCCAACUCCACCUCUGACGCGUUACAUCACCGAGGGACGUCCUGCUCCCCGUCCCAGACGCACCCCUCAACCAGCUGACCUCCGAGAGGGUGUGGCUAAAGCCUAUGAUACCGUCAGAGAGGGAGUGAUUGACACCGCUCAGACUCUGUGUGACGUGGCGUCUCGCGGACACGAGCAGAAAGGUCUUCCUGGAGCAGUGGGUGGGGUUUUACGUCAAAUCCCGCCCACUGUGGUCCGUCCACUUAUAGUCGCCUCAGAAGCCACUUCCAACCUGCUGGGAGGAAUGAGGAACCAAAUCAAACCAGACGCGCGCAAAGAGGACUUCUUAAAAUGGCGCACAGAAGAUGGCCAAGAAUGAUAUUGUCAGUGUGAAUGCGAGAGUGUGAGUGCAUCUGUGAGUAUCAAUGCAAAAACAAAGGACAAAUGAACCAUUUUUAAAGUGGCUUCCACAUAGCUCGCACACUUUGUUCCAUGCAAUGCACAUGUUUUCGUCUUGCACUUUUUGCUAGAAGCCUUGCGCUCUAGGCAGCCAAGUGCAGCUCGGUCUCAUCUUGUCACAUUGAAACUUAUGCAAUCAUAUCAGUCUGUAUCCUUGUUUACUCUGUGAGCUCAAGAUCAGAUGGUUCCACUUUCUUGCACACUAUUCUCCCUCUGAAGUAUUACGAACAUGUUGAGUUGUAAUUAAUGAAGGUGAAAUGCUCAUUAAAGGAACAUUCCACUUUUUUGGAAGGUUUACAAAUCACCUAGAGUUUAGCCAUUUUGACUAUUAAGCCGAUCUUUGGGGUCUGGCAGAAGCACUUUUAGCUUAGCUUAGCAUAAAUCAUUGAAUUGGAUUAGACCAUUAGCAUCUCGCUCAAAAAUGAUUAGAGUUUCAAUAAUUUUCUUAUCUAAAGCUGGACUCUUCUGUGGUUACAUCUUGUGCUAAGAGCAUAAAAAUAGUUGAUAUUGUCAAGGCCAGGGGUGUCCAAACUCGGUCCUGGAGAGCCAGUGUCGAGGAGAGUUUAGCUCCAACCCUAAUCAAACAUACCUGAACCAGCUAAUCAAGCUCUUACUGGAUAUACUAGAAACUUCCUGGCAGGUGUGUUAAAGCGUGGUCUGAGUUUGGACAUCCCUGGUCCAGGCCGAUAUGACUAGGAACUACAUUAGGAACUAUAUGAUUCUUGUGUAAUUAUCCAGGAAAUUUGCUGCCGUUCCACGGCUGUAGCAGACGCAAUGGUAUUAUGGAUCAUCACUUGUACACGCUCCCUGUGCAAGCAGAUAGUCAUGUUGGAAUUUACAAAGCUGGGACUAUUUUCAGGUGCCGCAGAAUAUCAUUGCAUAUGCAACAGUUGUGUUACAGCAUAAAAGUUCCUUGAUUAUUACACCAGAAUGUGAGUAUAGUUCCUAGCCAU